AGGCCAGUCCAAGGGGCCAUUGCUGGAUGGAAAUCUCUCGACCCUUUGCGCCAGCCAUGUGGCUUUGAGGAGAAGCGACUUGUUUGGGGCCACCAGCCUGUUUAAGGACAACUUUCAGACCCUGCUGACACAGAAAAGCUGUCCGGUACUGAUGGAUCCUUCUAUUUCAGUGGGCCCCAGCAUCGCCCGGAACACGGCCAAAGGAGGCAUGACGAUGCAGCAGCUGAGCCACAUCCUUCGCUUGGCCUACUACGCCACGCCCUUCGGCGAUCCGCACAAAGACCCCUUCAACUACACUGGCUACGACGCAGUGUUUGCUGAAAGGGUUGGCUUUGUGAGCUUGCUGCAAGGUGGAGCCCAGGGUGGAGGUUUCUGUUGCUGUAAAACAUGUUAGCUUUUGCCUUGUCACCCCAACCACUUGUGCGACCCGACUCAUUCGGGCCCAAUGAAGGGGCCCCUUGACUUCGCCUUUGCCUUUGAGAGAAAGGCGCGUCGCUCGCGCCAUUUGCGCACUUCGAGCCACUGUUCAUCAGUGGUAGCGGAGCUCUGGAGCCGGCCAGAGCCCACUGAAGGCACUACGCCUACUUCGUC